CCGUUGUUAUUCUGUCAGUCAGCCUUAGAUGUCAGCUGUGCACACACGUUGGUUGAUCUAGUUACCCCUGAAGUUUGCUUGAUUUUUUUCCAAUGUUUGCCGCGACAAGAAACGUAGAUGUAAACAUCAGUUAAGACUUUUCAAGCCACGAAGCCACACGAAAUGGAGGAUUCCAAGAACAAAGACCCACCCAAGACCUGCACGAGAGGAACCCACGAGGUGGAAGAGCAGUGUGCAGAAGCCGGCGGCCCCCUUACCUCUUACACUGGGUGUACAAAGAACCCUGGUCACCCACAGUUCAUCCCUGUCUACGAGUUUAACACAGACCACGUGAGAUCCUGGACACCGGAUGAAGGACAUCAGACUGCGGACGAAAUAGCGGGUGCUGUGAAGUGUUUUGCAGAGACAGUGGUCAGGAUCAGAGUGCCUCUCAUAAGUGACCAGCGGCCAGACACCUGGGCAGACGGCAGAGGGUACCCCUUCGCUGAUAGAAAAGGUUGGAGACUCAACAUCGCCGGCAGCGGCUUUGUGGUGAAGGUAUACGGUCAACAUGAUGGACUUGAGGGACCGUGUAAGUGUGACAACUGUCCGAAGGGGACGGCGGAGGAAAACAAGUACUGGAAAAUUCUCGUUGUCACAGCUCGUCACGUGGUUUAUGGCGACAACGAGGCUAGAGCAUGUGAGGUUGUCUUCUUCGACGACCAGUCAGAUGGCAGUGGCAGUGUGACGCUGACUGGGGGUGGGGCUGUGGAGGGUGGCGACACGGAGGAGGACGGCUGUGAACUGGCGUGGUACACCCACAACCGGAAAUUGGCCCACAGACUGAAGAACCUCUGUAAUAGGCGAAGUGAGAUGCUCUUUCGGUGGUUCGAGGAGACUCGGGUGGUGGUGCGGUCUCCGAGAGGAAAGAAGAGGCGUCUCGAUGUGUCUCCCCGUAGCGUGUCCCCGGCCACAGCUGUCGUCAUCUCACACCCACACGGCCGGAUGAAGUACAUCAGUUUGGGGAACAGUGACCCUGACAGUCUGUCUGAUGUGAAACCUUACCCCUUCACCUACACCGUGGCCACUUGCCCAGGCAGUAGCGGUGGCCUUGUCCUGCCCCUGGGGACCCAUUACUACAGUUUCUGGUUCAAACCUCACAGCUUUUCACUGUCUGGCAAUCACGGGCGUAGUGCUGGGGGCUUUUUCUAUUAUUGUUGAUGAAAAAAUAAAAGUACACGCAUGUGUG